CCACAGACCAGAAUCUGGAAUCCUUCACAUAUUGUAUUCACACAAAAUUCGACCUGCUCUCGCAAACAUGUCUUCACCCAACAACUCCAAAACCUACUUCUACAAAAUCCUCGAUUCCGCUCCACCAUCUCCCCUCCCGGAAACUCUUCCCGCCACUCCUCUUGAUGUCAAGGAUAACUUCAUUCAUCUAAGCACCGCCACCCAAAUCCCCAUCACCGCCGACUUGUUCUUCUCCUCACACACCAAACUCUGGCUUCUCAAAUUGCGAAUCGCAGAUUUGGAUGGUGAGAUUAGAUAUGUUGAAGGCUUGCCAGAAUGUCCGCAUGUGCAUGAUAGUCAGAAGGGGCUAGGGAAGGGGAAUGUGGAAGAGGUCAUUUUGGUGGAGAGGAACGAGGGGGAGAAGUGGGGGGAUGUGCGAAGUUUGAAGAAGUUGGAGAGUUGAGCUACGGGAACGUGGGAGUGAGGUUUUCAGCUAGAUCUUGCAUUGUGGAGUGGAUGAGUGCCUGUUGACGUUCUGAUGAGCGAGUGAUGAGCGAUGAGAGUUGGCUUCAACGCCAGCUUGUAAGCAAGAAUUUUGUUUGCGAUAUAUUUUCAGCAUAGGCUGAUACAGUCAACAAGCAGGUGCAAUACAUGUAGAACUGCGAGUUUGAUGCGCCAAACGAUGUACUCAAUCCUGUCAGCGACACUUAUCUACAGCGCUGUAAAUCCCACCCCAUCAAAAGUCAUCAUGUCACCGAAAAUAUCAUCAAAAUUGACAUCGU